CACAACCGAGCCGUCAUGGAGAACACCGCUGGUCUGAUCCGGACCGGACUCCUCGUUUUCUCUGUUUGUGUGUGUGUCGUGACCGGAAGUCCAGUAGGUACUUCAACCAUAAAUUGUGAACAAGGUAGCGAUCAACUUGUGGGUGCAGUGGAUGAAGGAUAUGCAGGAGAGGUGGAGGUGGUGAGCGGGAUCACGGCAGGAAGCGGUGUGAAGCUGGUGUCCUACAUCUUCCCGGCCCACCUGGAGUACCUGGAGCUGAGCUUCACCCCCGGAGACACCAGCGCCACCGUCCGCACUAAGAAGACCCUGGACGCGGACACGCUGGCAGCCAGCGACAGCACCUUGUAUUACUCUGUCAUGUGUGACGACGUCAUCAAGCUCAACAACACUCGGAAACUGAAGCUCAACGAUCUCAACGACAACAGCCCCGUAUUUGAAGAGAAGUCUUACAGCGUUUCUCUCUCUGAGACACACCAGGUGGAGAGCGAGGUUCUUCGUGUGAAAGCUACCGACGGAGACAGCAGCCCCGCAAACAACGUGGUGACGUAUUCCAUGGCACCAACGUCAGAGGACUUUAUUGUGACCAACUCUGGGGCUUUUAUUUUGAAGAGACGUUUGAACUACAAUUUAGUGCAAAACUACAACUUCCUUGUGACGGCCAAGGAUAAUUGGGGGUUAAACGACACCGCCACCGUGACCAUCAACGUACUCGACUUCGACAACUUAAAUCCGUAUUUCAGCCACAGCGUGUACCGGUCCUUUAUUCCAGAGAAUCAGGAUGGGCCUUUCCGGACCGUUGAGCCAGAGGCGAUAAAGGCUCAGGAUGGAGACGUCGGGAUCAACGUGACUUUAACCUACAGCAUCAGUGCAGUGUCUCCAGACCAGUAUGGGGGACACUUCCACAUGGACCCCAGCAGUGGAGUUCUGACGGUGCUGACUGCUUUGGACCGAGAGGAGAUGAGCAGCAGCGUGAUCUCCGUCAGCAUCAAGGCGGCCCAGACGGACGACGGUUUUAAGACGGCGGACGCGGUGGUGUCGGUCACCAUCGAGGACGUGAACGAUAAUCCUCCAGAGUUUGACCAGCCCGACUACUCCGUUACACUUCUGGAGAAUUCUCCCGUUGAUGCGGUUCUGUUCAAAGCCGUCGUCACCGACCUGGACCAGGGAGGAUUUGUGGGAGAUUUGCAGAUCUUUCCAGAAUCUUCUCCCUUCUCUAUCGGCGUCGACGGGACGGUCCGAGUGAAGAACUCCACCGUUCUGGACAGAGAGACCACGGAAAGAUUCACAUUUCAGAUCAAAGCGACUGAGACGGAUCCACCCAACAACGUGGCAGAGGUGCAAGUCAGUGUUUCUCUUCUGGAUGAGAAUGACAACAGUCCUGCGUUCACCAGCAAGACGUACGAGGGGAAAGUGUUUGCAAACCAAACCGUGGGAAUGUCUCUGGUCCAGGUUAAGGCAGAAGAUCCAGAUGCAGAUCAGAACGGGCAGAUCAGAUACUCUCUUGAGUUUGGCAACAACGUCGGAUACUUCUCAAUCGAGGAAAACAGUGGAGACAUCACGCUGGCUAAAAUCAUUCCCCUGGUGGAGAACAAGAUAUUGGAGUUCCCUCUCUACAUAACAGCCAGAGAUGGGGGAACCAUGCCCCGCUCCUCCUUAGCACAGGUUAACGUUCGUGCUCCUGGUGCCUCUAAUCCUCAGUUUUUACACAAAGUCUACCGUGGCACCGUGGAAGAAGAGCAGGAAACAGGAGUUGUUAUUCUUAGGGUGGCCUUCGUGGCGGUAGAUGCUGAGAUUCCUGUGACUCUCCGAGUUGAUACAGAAGCCGACAAGUUCGCCAUCUCCUCCAGUGGUGAAUUCACCACUAAAGUGAAGCUGGACUACGAUGAGGCUCCACACAACUACUCUGUGACAAUCUCCAUCUCUGACGGAGUCAGCAGUGACAGUGCAGUCGUGGAGGUUCAAGUCACCGACGUCAACGACAACAGUCCCGUUUUUACCUCGGACUCUGUCACACAAUCAGUCCCAGAGGACGCAGACGUAGGGUCCGAUGUGACUGUUGUUCCCGCUACAGACAAAGACAGCAGCUUCAACAAGGAGAUCAGAUACUCUCUGAGAGGCGGAGAGGGGAAGUUCUCCGUCGAUCCUGUGUCCGGGAUGGUGAGUGUGACUGGACCACUUGACAGGGAGACUAAGACAGAGUACAGCCUGCUGAUGGUGGCUGAAGAUCAGGGUCGUCCAGCCAGGUCUGCCACAGCCUCCCUGCUGGUCCGAGUGUCGGACAUCAACGACAACGUCCCCAAGUUCUCAAAUGCUGAAUAUCAGGGUGAGGUCUUAGAGACGGCGUCAGUGGGUACGAGCUUGCUCACGUUAUCAGCCGUAGACCCCGAUGAAGGAGCAAACGGGAGUGUUACUUACAGUAUUUUGAGCCAACAUCCCUCGUCAGAAGCUCUUGUUUUUGAGUUGGACUCUUCCAGCGGGACUCUGCAGCUGGCCCAGCCUCUGGACUACAGCGAGGUGAAGGUGUACAGCCUCGUGGUUCAGGCCUCCGAUGGAGGGACUCCCUCCCUGGUUGGGAACGGCUCCGUGGUGGUGAAGGUGAAGGACGUGAACAACAACCCGCCUGAGUUCAGCAAGGAGAGCUACGACGUGGCCGUCUCUGAGAACCUGGCCAGCGGCGCGUCCAUCCUGACCCUGGAGGUCACUGACCGGGAUGAGGGUGGAUUCUCCAGCGGUUACUUCCUCUACACCAGUGAUACCUUUGACAUCAACAAACAAGGAGUGGUCUCACUGAGGAGGGACGUCACCUUGGACAGAGAGACAAAGGACAGAUACAUGUUACAGGUGGAGGCGGUGGACCAGCCCACUGACGGCCUGCGAUCCACAGCCCAGCUCAACAUCACCGUCCUGGACUACAACGACAACGCCCCACAGUUCCCGAGGAUCCCGGACCCGCUAGAAAUCCCUGAGGGCGUGUACUCGGAGGACGCUCCAGGAGAGGUUUUCACCAUUGUGCCAACAGACGCAGACCUCGGGCCCAACGGAGAGGUCGCCCUCUCCCUCCUCUCCCCCCACCCACUCUUCAGAUUCACCCAGGACGGCACGUUGCUGGCUGUCGGCUCUCUGGAUCGGGAGAGCAGGGACACGUACGAGCUGCUCGUGAAGGCCUCGGAUAAAGGCACCCCCCCGAGAGAGAACGUCACCAGCGUCAGAGUGAGACUCAUUGACGUCAACGACCACCGACCCGAGUUCAGCUCCAGCAGCUACGUCAGCAGCAUCCUGCUGAAAGACGCCGCGGAGGGGAAGCUGCUGCUGACGCUGCACGCCAGAGACGGGGACGCCGGGGACAACUCGCUGAUCACCUACAGUUUCUCUGCAGGAAGCUCACCAUAUUUGGCCUUGAACAGCGAGAGCGGAGACGUGACGUUGACCUCUGACCUCGCUGAUGUCACAGAGGACACCACCCUGGUGCUGACGGCCAUGGCCAAAGACCACGGCCAGCCUCCUCUCAACGCCACAGCUCGGGUCGUGGUGAAUCUGCGGGUGGUCAGCCUGGUGGAGGGCGUGGCCUUCCGGAGCUCCUCCUACAACUUCAGCGUCCCCGAGGACCAGCCGGGGGGGGCGGCGGUGGGGACCGUCUGGGCCUCCGCGGGAAGCGACCUUUACGACGUCGCCUACACACUAACCACACACGCCGACCUGUUCUCCGUCGACGCCAGCGGAGCCGUCCGGACCAGAGCCCGGCUGGACAAAGAAGACCAGGACUGGUACAUCCUGGACGUGGAGGCCGUGGACACAAGGACCCCCCCUACGUCAGCCACUGCAAUGGUACGACCUGGUAUUUGA